CUUUGCCUAUGAGGGAGGGGAACGAGAUGUCUUCUCCCGAAACCCUCCAUGUAGGGUGGCACAACAGUGCCUGCACGCGUCUUGAUCCGUUCAAACACACUCUACCAAAGGAACAAAAAAGGAUGACUUGAUGAGAUGUGAACACUGGAGUGCAGAGGGGUGACCCUCUGUGGAGCAAGCCGUAGCUCUGGGGAGCUCCGCCGCCCAGAUCAAGCCAGGCUGAUGUUUACACAAGUUCGUGAGCAGUUUGCGUUCCUCGUCUAUAUCCGCUCCAACCCCACCGGGAGCUGUUCCGCUUCGGUGAGAUCACGAGGCGCAAAAGAUGGCACACCCUCCCGGGAUUCUUCACCCAGCGCCUCGAUGCAGUUCUCGAGACCACCUCAACCCAACACGGACCACCCGGUACAUAAACGGGAGGCCCGCCCAGCGUUACAGGGCUUGACUCGGCCCCCCGCUGGGAACGUGGCAGGGGAAGCUUUUGUCAAGCUGCUGAUAUCUCCGAACGGCAUUUUUGCUUCUUAAUCUAUCAAUUCCUUGGAUCGUUUGUUUCCUCGCCCAUCCCCUGCCCGAGGACCAGGUGCACUUUGUUCUGGCAACAAUACGAGAAAGAGCCAGUAGCCGAGCUUACACUACCACCGAGGCCACAGCAUCCGAGACUAGUACCGCCGCCAGAAAUACCGCCAUGUCAUCAGGCCAGCCUGGACCCGGAGGCUUCGUGACGCCGCCCACCACUGGACCCGGAGGCUUCGUCGCGCCGCCCACCGCCGGCGGCAACACGACCUGGCCCGGUUUCCCGCCGGGCUUCGAUCCCGCGCUGCUCCCGCACGACGACAAGGGCGCCGAGCUCAAGGCCACGGUCUGGGUCCUGUUCGCCCUGGCCACCAUCUUCUUCGCCCUGCGCAUCUACUGCCGCAUCCUCAAGAACAGGUGGCUGCUUUACGAGGACUGGGUUCUCCUCCUCUCCUACAUCUGCCUGUUCUUCAACGCCAUCAUGGUCCAGGUCCAGACGGGCCUGGGCUACGGGAAGCACUUCUACGACAUUCCGAUCGAGAACUCCAACACGAUGGCGCUCUACGGCCUCAUCACCAUCACCGUCGCCGUCAUGGGCCAGGUGUGGAGCAAAACGAGCUUCGCCAUGACCCUCUUGCACAUCACCGGCCCAAAAGCCAAAGUGUUUGUCUGGUUCCUUAUUAUCACGAUCAACGUGUUUAUGACAUUGGGCGCCAUCUUCUUUUGGGUCCAGUGCACCCCCUUCUCGAAGGCCUGGACGCCCUUAAUGGUCGGCGGCCAAUGUUGGGAUACGAAAAUAAACAUCUCAUACGGAAUUUUUGCCAGCGUAUACUCCGGUCUCGCGGAUAUAGCCCUAGCCCUUGUCCCAUGGCAGGUCAUCAUGGGCCUUAACCUGAAGAUGCAGGAGAAGCUGGGUGUUGCGCUGGCCAUGAGCAUGGGCGGCUUCGCCGGUGCUGCCGCUUUUGUCAAGGCCUCAUAUCUGCCUACUCUCGCCCCCGUCGAUUUCGUGUAUGAGGGGAAGGGCCUGGUCACCUGGGGAGCGGCGGAGACCGCCGUCACCAUCAUGGCGGCCUCCAUCCCCGUCCUGCGGGUUCUGUUUAGGGACAUGGCCUCAUCCUGCGGCUACGUCAAGGGCGCAGGGGGCAAGGGCGGCAGCGGCAGCGGCAGCGGCAGCGGCAGCGGCGUCUCCUCGUCGGCGGCCAGCAAGGGCCAGCACGGCGCCCUGGGCAACCACGCCUUCGUCCAGGCCUCGCCCACAACGGGCGCCCACGGCGGCAACAACGACUUUGGGUUCCCCGCCGGCCAGUACCAGCACUACCCGCCGCACGCUGCGGACCCCCGGCGCGGGCGGGACGUGGAGGCCAUCGCCGACAGCUACGAGAUGAUGUGGCAGGACGGCCCCGAGCGCAAGGUUUACGUGCGAUAAGUGCCGCAUGGGGCGGUAAAUUCGGGUAUGGUAAAUACGAAGGGUAAUUCGACAAAAGAUGCCGUUUGAUACAGCUUGGCGACCUGGAAAACUUUGCGCCUUGGUACGGCCACGAUUCUUUCCUGAACAGUAGCCCAGCAGCGGUCUCCGUCAGUCUGCUGGUCGUGCCAUUACAUCGGGGCUGCAAAGGCCACCCGAACGCGGAGGACCCGGACCCGUCUGCCUCCGACACAACGCCUUGUCUAGCCGGGGUAUCGUGGGAUAGGCCCUAGGCUGGUGGCUAGGUUAGGGAGGUGAGCUUAUUAGCAGCAGCGGGGGGCAGAUAAAGGUCAAUGCUGCAUGACGGGAUUUUGCGCGCCAGUGGCUUGCGUCAAAUCGGAGACUGGAUUCCAGGGUGGUUUGUCAGGGAUAAGCAUGCGUGAGGGGUCAAGUUAGGGGUACACAGGCCACCGCACAAUCUGUAGUAGAAACAAAUGUAUUGUGACUAACCGCUUAAUAAUCAAUAUGAUCACCGUUGUUGGC